UGGAGCGCACUAUAAAGCAAGAGCCCAUGCUCUGUUUUGGGGACAUCAAGAGAGUUAACUCGGUCAUCAACUCUACUAUACGAUUUUUUACUAUUUUGACUGAAGUACUUCGGGGACCACAGCAUUGUUCCUCUUUCACCGUUCCAUUAAGGUUGUGCAGAAGCCAGAAAAAAAGGAGUUGUCAUCAUGGCACUAAUGAUACUGCCAUUCAUUGGAUCAGUGUCUGUAUCUGAGAGUUUGGUGGCCAUGGCAACAGUUUGUCUGGUCUACCUAAUCCUCAAGUGUUUCCACGCUGAGAUUCCUGAGGGGCUUCGUCGGCUGCCUGGACCAAAGCCCCUGCCUAUCAUCGGGAAUGUGCUGGAGGUGGGCAGCAAACCUUACCUGAGUCUCUCUGCCAUGAGCAAGCAGUACGGCCAUAUCUUCAAGAUCCAGAUUGGCAUGCGUCCUGUGGUCGUGCUGAGUGGCAGUGAAACAGUUCGACAGGCUCUCAUCAAGCAAGGGGACGAGUUUGCGGGCAGACCUGACCUGUACAGCUUCAGGUUCAUCAACGACGGCAAGAGUCUGGCCUUCAGUACUGACCAGGCCGGCGUGUGGCGUGCCCGCAGGAAGCUGGCCUACAGUGCCCUGCGCUCCUUCUCCACCCUGGAGGGCACAACCCCAGAGUACUCCUGCUUGCUGGAGGAACACAUCUGCAAAGAGGGCGAGUAUCUGGUCAAACAGCUGAACACUGUCAUGAAGGCCGACGGCAGCUUCGACCCCUUCCGCCACAUUGUUGUCUCUGUCGCUAAUGUGAUCUGUGGAAUGUGCUUUGGCCGACGCUACGACCACAAUGACCAGGAGCUGCUCAGCUUGGUGAACCUCAGCGAUGAGUUUGGCCAGGUGGUGGGCAGCGGUAACCCUGCAGACUUCAUCCCUGCUCUUCAAUUCCUGCCCAGCACAACGAUGAAGAAGUUUAAGAGCAUCAAUGCCCGCUUCACCGCGUUUGUGCAAAAGAUUGUCAGCGAGCACUAUGCCACCUAUGACAAGGACAACAUUCGUGACAUCACCGACUCCCUCAUUGAUCACUGUGAGGACAGGAAGCUGGAUGAGAACUCCAAUGUCCAGAUGUCAGAUGAGAAGAUUGUAGGAAUUGUCAAUGACCUGUUUGGAGCUGGUUUUGACACCAUCUCCACUGCCCUGUCUUGGUCAGUGAUGUACUUGGUUGCUUACCCAGAGAUGCAGGAAAGGCUUUAUCAAGAGCUGAAAAACAACGUGGGUGUGGAUCGCACUCCUCUGCUCUCUGAUAAACCCAACUUACCAUUUCUGGAGGCCUUCAUCCUGGAGAUCUUUCGCCAUUCUUCCUUCCUGCCCUUCACUAUCCCCCACUGCACGACAAAAGACACAUCUCUGAAUGGCUACUUCAUUCCCAAAGACACCUGUGUCUUCAUCAAUCAGUGGCAGAUCAACCAUGAUCCUGAGCUGUGGAAAGAUCCGUCUUCCUUCAACCCAGACCGCUUCCUGAGCGCUGAUGGCACUGAGGUCAACAAGAUGGAGGGGGAGAAGGUGAUGGUUUUUGGCAUGGGAAAGCGGCGCUGCAUCGGCGAGGUCAUUGCACGACAUGAAGUCUACCUCUUCUUGGCAAUCAUUGUCCAGAAGCUGCACUUCCAUGUGAUUCCUGGAGAGCCGCUGGACAUGACCCCAGAAUACGGUCUCACAAUGAAGCACAAACGCUGCCACCUGAGAGCCACAAUGCGAGCAAGGAAUGAGCAGUGAAGCUAUUUCGAAUGUACAAUGUAUGGCUCGAUAGGUGGUAACACUGUAUGGGUCACAGGGUCAGUUAAAGAAGCAUCUUUCUCAGAAUGUAAGGCACUGGAUGCCGAAUUUGAUCUACAGAGCUAAUAGCAUCAAAGCAAAUAUGUGAAUUUUGCACGCUGCAGAUUGUCAGAGAUGGUUUGUAUGAGCAUAUCUUUGUCAUGUUUUUGGUUCUCUAAGAGAUAUUUCUGCACAUGAUUGGUGCUUCUCAGUGAAGUAUAAGGAGAUACUUGGUUCUCCUGCGUUGUGUAGUAAACUAAACUGCUCCUGUUAAGAAGUUGUAAAACACUCAGAGACUAAGUAGCCUUAUUCAGCUUUGGGACCAACAGUAUGUUUUACUGGAUAGGUAUUACUAUUUAGACCACUGCAACCUACAUUUUUUUCUUCUGUGACACAGGACUCUGAACUGAACAGAUAUUAGGCUACCUGUUGAUACCAUUUACACUUGUAAGCUAAUUAAUUUUAUUCCAUUAUAAUGUGGAUGUAAGACACUGAAGCUAUAUUUGUAUCCCAAAAUGUGAUUUUGUGUGUAUAUCAAGUUCUCUGUAUUUUGUAAAGUCAUUUUUAUGUGCCUAGCGUUUGUAUAUAUUUGAGGUGGAACAGUUUUGCUGUGCAUCUAUAUGAAAUAUCAGGACGCCAAAAGAGUUCCAGUGAUUUUUGGACGAUAUUAGAAGGCUAUACAAUUUUGUAUUUCUAUCUCUAAUGUAUCAAUGAUUGUAUAACAUGUAAGGGCAUGUGAUCAGAGCAUUCUUUAAUCAGCCACACAAAUAAAAUAAAAUAAAUGUUGUAAUGAU